AUGGCUUCUUCUACCACCACCAAAGUGUCACUGAAGCUUCUUAUUGACACAAAGAAUGAGAAAGUUCUCUUUGCUGAAGCUUCAAAAUCUGUUAUAGAUUUUCUUUUCAACUUGCUAUGCUUGCCUAUUGGUACUGUUGUUAAGCUCCUAAGUGCUAACAACAUGGUUGGUAGCUUAGGAAAUCUGUAUGAGAGUGUUGAAAAUCUGAACCAGAAUUACAUGCAACCAAACCAAACUAAGGAUGUUCUCUUAAACCCAAAAGCUCAAAGCUCUUCCACUGAAAUCUCAGGCUUCCUUACUCAGAACGAUGUCAAUGAAGACGAUGAUGAAGAAACAAAGUUAUACAUGUGUCCAAAUAAGUGUAAGUUUGAGGUGACAAAUGAUAACACAACUCGCUGUACUGGGUCUGGCGUCCACUCUCCUUUUGGGUAUGCAGGCCAUUGUUCUUGCUCAAACACUAUGAGCAGUGAGGUACGUUAUAUUGAAAAUAAGAAGGUGGCUAAAAAGAGAGCUUUCAUUCCCAAUGGAUUUGUGAAGGAUGUUGUGACUUUUAUGGUGAUGGAUGAUUUGGUGAUUCAACCAAUGUCAACAGUAUCAAGCAUCACACUGUUGAACAAGUUCAAUAUCAAAGAAAUAGGUACCUUGCAAGAAAAGAAUGUUGAAAUGGGAAUGGACGAGGGUAUCAAGUUGCUUAAGGCUUCUCUGCAAUCCAAAAUGGUCUUGACAAGCGUUUUCAUCAAGAAGCAAAAGUGA